CAAACGGCAAGCCCUUCACCGCCCGCUAAUCCCUUGGUUUUAUAUAAUGCCCUAAUACACUAACAACAUCUGAUCACUUAGCUGUGGCCAUAGCAGUGGCGUAGCCGUUCUAACCACCCAUAUUCGACCGAAUUCUACGGUGGACAGCGGGUUUCUUUCGGGUCCACUUGUCCCUCAUCACCACAGCCAUCUAUUAGGACGCACUUCACCAAAGUAAGCUGUUCUUACAUUACCUUACAAUUGAUUCGUCUCCACCUAUAAGCAAUGAGUGUAGCCUACUGAAAGAGCAAUAACCACUUGUCGAUAAUAUGCAAUGUGUAGGCUUAUUUAUGUUGUAUUAUUAUUUUCCAUAAAAUGUCAAACAAAAUAUUUCUCUAUGCCUACACAUCGUGAUGCAGCGCAAAGAAUGGGGACACCGCGCCAUGGACUUGUUUGACUAACAACGUUGGAACUGAUUUAGGUCACUUUAGUCUACACUGUAAUUUUAUGUUCGACCGGUAAGACUUCCAAUGCAUCCAUUGUCAUUAUUUCUCAACUCAAGUUUGUAUAAAUAUUGGUUGGAUCUGUGUAGGCUACAUAUGGAAUGACUUACACAGAACACAAUAGAGUUUGAAUCUAAAAGAAUACGUUCCAUAUAAAAGCAAUUUUAAGGAAAAGGUCUGCUUGUGCUUUUCAUACCUUCUGCACAGACCGGUUUCCCUACCCUUCCCACUAUUUCCUCAUGGGAUCCUGCUUUGUCAAAAUUGUUGACUCAGGUGUCUAGGUAAAGUGUAGGUGACUGAUUGACUAACUCAUUGUAUUUGAUCCUUGAGUCAGCCAUGCAUUAGGGAUUUACAUUUUAGUCAUUUAGCAGACGCUCAGAGCGACUUACAGUUAGUGAGUGCAUACAUUUUUCAUACUGGCCCCCCGUGGGAAUCGAACCCACAACCCUGGCGUUGCAAGCACCAUGCUCUACCAACUGAGCUACAGGAGGCCCUGCCACAACUUCAUCUCCUCAGCCAAGAUCAAAGCUGGUGUCAAGAAUCAUGAUGUUGCUAUACUGCAGCCCACUACUGUAUGUCAGCAGCUUUUCUCAAGCAGGGUUUCUAAAAUAUUUAAUCUGACAUUACUCUGGUAAUCCAGUACAGGAUAUUACAGGAUGUACCCUGUCAAGAUAGAAUGAAACCAAAUCAGGUAGUUAAACAAUGUACCCUUAAUCCCAAUGUUUGACAAUUAACCCAAAACCUUCAAGCCUCUGAACAAUGUCCUGAACAACAUGCCUCUUAAAUUUUGUAUUUUCUCUUUUUGUCCUCUUUGGGUAAUGUAAUCUAUUGUCAAUUACAUUCAUACAAAAAAGGAUACCUCUGGAAAGUGACUUUAGGUCUAUGUUGUUGAUGCAAAAAAAAAAAAAACAUUGAACGUGUGUAGACUUCAAUUGACUUAGUGACAUCCUCAUUGAUCAAAUGUAGUUAUGAAAUGAGCAGCAGUAUGCAUUAUAGUCUGUUGUUGAUUCUCUCUAAGUCAUUUGAUUUUCCCCAAAAGUUUCCAGCCCACUGGAACAAAGUACUGACGUAGAAUAAAUACUUAUUUUCCUUGGGUGAUGAGAGUCAUUCUCAAGGGAUUCCCUUAAUUGGAAGAGUAUGUAGGUGCCAGGUUUGUGUCAUGAACUGAAACGCUGCUGGGUUUUUCACGCUCAACAGUUUCCCGUGUGUUUCAAGAAUGGUCCACCACCCAUCCAGCCAAGCCAACUUGACACAACUGUGGGAAGCAUUGGAGUCAACAUGGGCCAGCAUCCCAGUCGAACGCUUUCGACACCUUGUAGAGUCCAUGCCCCGACAAAUUGAAGCUGUUCUGAGGGCAAAAGGGGGGAGAGGGUGCAACUCAAUAUUAGGAAGGUGUUCUUUAUUUUUUGUACACCUAGUAUGUGUGAUGCAGCGCAAAGAAUGGGGACAAACCUGUUUCGUGGGACGUCACGCUCACUAUUCAUAGAUAGUUGAGAGUUGUGACAUUCACUAUAUCCCCUUCUUCGCCGACUUGGUAAUUUACUGCUUCUGGACUCAAAGUGGACUAAUUUAUUUUCCCUUUUUUUAUUUAUACUUUAUUUUAUUUUUGGGGGGGUGAUUAUUCUUUUUUCACCUUCUCUGUCACUCUCCCGUCUCUCUCCCUCAGUCUCUCUGGCCAGUGUGGGAGAAACUGGCGACCAUGGCGGCUCCAGAAACAGCUCCAGACCUAGCUAAAGACACAGCUACAGACCCAGACGGGAGGGAUUUGAGCCCUGUGGACUUCAUCCAGCUGCAGCAGUACAUGGAAUGUGAGUGCCAUUUUUUUUAUUAAAAGGAAAGGUGGGUCAGAUACAAUGCUAAUACCAUACUUCUAGAAUUAACUUCCACAGUCUGUGGCUCUAGGUCUAAUGGACCUGACGAAGACCUAGUUGGGUAAAAUUUUUAUCCUAUUGAAGUAAGUCGCUUUGGAUAAAAGCGUCUGCUAAAUGGCAUAUUAUUAUUAUUAAUACUUGGGAACCACCACCUGGAGGCGCAUGCGUAUACCGAUAGGACGCAUGGGGAGUGAGUAGGUAUUUUUUUGUACUGUCAAAACUGGGAUUUAUAUGUAGAAGCCAGACAACAUAGUUUAAAUUAAGCCUCUAAAAUCAAUAGUUCAAUAUAUCCCCAAACAACCAGGAGAGAGUGAACGGUCAGUUAUAUACAACAGCGAACCAAUCUGUGGGUAAAGCGACGCUGCGACUCAAACUCAACAAGCCAUGGCUUCCCUUAGAGGAAAAGACAAGGAACAUAUUGGAGAUGCAAAUGAGAGCAAUGAACAGCUAAAGGAUAUCCAGGAAAACAUUGCUAAAAUACUCUCUAUGCUAUCCAAAACAAAUUGACUGUUACAAUUCGUUGUUAAAAAAGUAGAUUUGCUCGAAAGGAAAGUCAUUUAUUGUGUCAGAUAGGCAUACACAGGGUGGGCGUGUGGACGAACAGGACAACAAAAUUGGCCUUCUGGAAACAAAGGUUAAAACUUUAGAAGAUGACCUGGACCAGCAAGAAAACAGAAUGAGACAAAACAACGUGAAUAUUGUCCCUACCGGAAGACAAGGAAAAAAGAGACCUUUCCAACUACAUUUUAGUCAUUUAGCAGACGCUCUUAUCCAGAGCGACUUACAGUUAGUGAGUGCAUACAUUUUUUAUUUGUUGUUAUUUUUUUCAUACUGGCCCCCCGUGGGAAUCGAACCCACAACUCUGGCGUUGCAAGUGCCAUGCUCUACCAACUGAGCUACACGGUUACGGCUACGUGAUCAAGCUGAUAUUGGAGGAGCUUGGCUUGGAUGUGUCACUGGAGGCUCUGGAGCGAUGCCAUCGGAUCGGAUGGUAAUCUUUAAGCUGUGGAUCUAUCAGACCAAAGUCAACAUUCUGAAGGCACAGGGGGGGAAAGGAGAUCAAAAUCCAUGGCCGGUCCAUUCGAUUUGUCCAGGACGUGUCUGCUAAACUGAGGAAAAAAAACAAGUAAUUCAUUCUGAUCAGACAGUCACUGGAGGAACUCUGAUUCCCGGCAGUGCUGUGGGUAUGGAAGGGAACACAGAGGAUGGUGUUCAAAAGCGCAGCCCUGAACAGGAUGCAGGAACCCCUUCCAGUUGAAAGAGCCGAAUGACUAGAGGAGAGGAAGAAUUGGGAAAAAAGUGAAAAACACUCAAGGCUACAUACAGUGAUACCCAAGACCAGCUUAUUGUAAAUGGAUAAUAUUCCUUCCCCCUUCCCCCCCAAUACAAUCUAGACUGUUGUCCCCAAGUAACUGUUCUUCUCUAGGAAGUAACAACAUAAUUAGCAGAUGCCAAUGAGAUACAUGGACAUUGAAAAGACGAUUAUAAAAGAGGAAAUAUAGCAUGUAUGUCAAUAAUUGUCAAUAAUUGUUCUAUGGAUGUGAAUGGGCGGGAGGGUGUGUGUGUGUGUGUGUCGGUGCAUGUGAAUGGGAGAGUGAAGCAGGGUGAAUAUGUGUAGGAGGGCGGGAGAGAAUGGGUGUGCGGAGGCAUAGGGUAUGUUGUGUGUGAAUGAAGGAGAAUGGAUGAGUACGUAGAUGUAAAGAGGGGUGUAAAUAUGUCUGAGAAGAAGGAAGGGGGUAAGGAUGGGAGGUUGGGAUAAGCUUGGCUUGGGUGGGGUAAAGGGGGGGAGAACUGGAAGGGGGUGGUGGAGAGGGAUGGAUUUGGUUUCGGAGUGAGUGAAGGAAGGACUUAAUUUUAUUACGAUGUAAUUUUAUUUCUUAUAUUGUGAUUGGCAAACCCGCUGUAAAAUGAAUAAGAGUUCUGGACAGAUUAGGAAAGGAUGUUGAAUCAUUAUUAUUCCUUGUUUGUCAUUAUAACUAAGAUUGAAUGGUGGUUAUUGGUGAGAAGGGAGAGGGGCUUUAUCUGGGGGAUUGGGAUGGGGUGACUGGGAGGGCAUCAGACUCUUCUCUGAGGUGUACGUGGGGCCUCCACUCAUCCCAUUUCAGUCUCUCGGUGGACCCACUCUCCCCAAGUAGACCCCAACCAGCCACUAUACUUUAAUUUAUAAGGUAAUACAAGCUGGCCACAGUACUUAAGUGGCAGUCUUUCUCCAAUGUAUGAACAAAUACAUAAUCCACCGUUUUUUUUGGUACAUUAGGAAAGGAGUUGGAGCUUAAAAGCCCUAAAAAGGCAUAGCGCCUCAAUUACAAAGACGAACAUUGCUUUGUUUUUUGGUGUGUAUAUUGUUAAAUGUCAGCUCAGCCCACAUGCCCACUCGCUCUAUAUAUACAAUGUAUACAAUAACUAUGUAUUUAUACUAUGAUAUAUGUAUAUACAGUACCAGUCAAAAGUUUUGACACACCUACUCAUUCCAGGGUUUUUCUUUAUUUUUACUAUUUUCUACAUUUUAGAAUAAUAGUGAAGAUAUCAAAACUAUGAAAUAACACAUAUGGAAUCAUGUAGUAACCAAAAAGUGUUAAACAAAUCAAAAUAUAUUUUAUAUUUGAGAUUCUUCAAAGUAGCCACCCUUUGCCUUGAUGACAGCUUUGCACACACUUGGCAUUCUCUCAACCAGCUUCAUGAGGUAGUCACCUGGAAUGCAUUUCAAUUAACAGGUGUGCCUUCUUAAAAGUUAAUUUGUGGAAUUUCUUUCCUUCUUAAUGCAUUUGAGCCAAUCAGUUGUGUUGUGACAAGGUAGGGGGGUAUACAGAAGAUUGCCCUAUUUGGUAAAAUACCAAGUCCAUAUUAUGACAAGAACAGCUCAAAUAAGCAUGAAGGUCAGUCAAUACGGAAAAUGUCAAGAACUUUGAAAGUUUCUUCAAGUGCAGUCGCAAAAACCCAUCAAGCGCUAUGAUGAAACUGGCUCUCACGAGGACCGCCACAGGAAUGGAAGACCGAAAGUUACCUCUGCUGCAGAGGAUAAGUUCAUUAGAGUUACCAGCCUCAGAAAUUGCAGCCCAAAUAAAUGCUUCACAGAGUUCAACGUCAACUGUUCAGAGGAGACUGUGUGAAUCAGGCCUUCAUGAUCAAAUUGCUGCAAAGAAACCACUACUAAAGGACACCAAUAAUAAGAAAGACUUGCUUGGGCCAAGAAACACGAGCAAUGGACAUAAGACUGGUGGAAAUGUAUCCUUUGGUCUGGUGUCUUUGUGAAACGCGGUGUGGGUGAACGGAUGAUCUCUGCAUGUGUAUUUCCCACAGUAAAGCAUGGAGGAGGAGGUGUUAUAGUGUGGGGGUAUUUUGCUGGUGACACUGUCUGUGAUUUAUUUAGAAUUCAAGGCACACUUAACCAGCAUGGCUACCACAGCAUUCUGCAGUGAUAUACGCUGUCAAUGACUACAUUUCCCAUCCAUUUUGCUAUAUUUCCUAUUCAAACAAAUUUCAUGUAUGUUUUCAUGGAAAACAAGGACAUUUCUAAGUGACCCCAAACUUUUGAACGGUAGUGUGUAUAUAUAAAAUGAAUAUUUGGGGAGCAUUAUACCAGACAGUGUGGAUGUACUUUUUGUUCUACAUGAUCCUCUCUAAUCCAGCAUGCACCUUGAACCAAUGUUUUUAUGGAUGUUCUCAUAUGACUCAACUAAAUCUAGGGGUAAUGUUCCAAGAGGGUGAACAGGGAGACUGCACGAAAGGGUACUGCUCUCUUCCCUCACUGGAGUUUCAUAUAGUCAAUCGAAUUUCAAUCAAAUGUAUUUUAUAAAGCCCUUUUUACAUCAGCAGUUGUCACAAAGUGCUUUACAGUUACCUGGCCUAAACCUCAAAGAGCAGCACUAGAAUGGAACCCAACAGGCAGAGGUUUUUAACUCUUUAAAGGGGCGUCUAUUUCGCCUGUCAGAUGUCCUGUGUAUUUGUUUGUUUUAUUUUACAUCUUCUGCUGGUGGUUUACGUACUGCAUCUUAUGCCCUGUUGUAAUUGGAUUUUCAAAUGUAUUGUUGCCAAAACAUGUAUUUUAUCAUUUAGACUUUUCUGCCAGUCCCAUAUCUGGCUUAUCUUUAUAUGCUUGUAUCCCCUGUGUUGACCUUCAGUAUUGUCCUCUAUGCAGAUGGCAGUCUGAGAGUGAAAGAUGUGAUGAAAGAGUUCCAUGCAGGCGGGCGGUUGGUCCAGCACAGAUUUGGAGAGGUGAGCUUCAAGAGGGCCUAUUCCUACCAUGUCCCAUCCUUCUGCCAUCACCCUAUGUUGACUGGAGAUUACACCACACAACCCUUGUUGUCUCUAAUGUUCUGUUUGGAAUCUCAGCGCAUCGAUGCAGUGGGCUUCUCUUUGUUCCUCAAGACCUAUCUGGAGGCGGACGACUUUCCUGCUGAUUUCUGCCAACGCCUUUUCCGCUACUUCCAGAAUGCAGAGCGAGACGUUUAUAUGAGGAGCCCUCCACCCAAAGGGGGUGAGCCCCACCAUCCCACCAACUCUUAUAUAUUAUUACUGUGUAUGAUAUACAGUAUAUCUAUGUAUAAUAUCAUGUAUAUGAUAUGUCUAACUUAUACCUUUAAUGUCCAUCAAUUGCUCUUAAAAAGUGAACGCAUUGAUGUGAACAUUCAUGAGUUUACGAUAUGUUAUACUUUGAUGCAUACUAUGUAUGGCUGCCUGCUUGAUUAUGGGGUCUGUUGAUAUGAUAUAUAAGUUCCAAUUGCUAAACAUCUGAAUAAACUCCUGGUUUUGUCUCUCAGGUGGAGUGUACCUCAAAGAUGUAUCUUGUUACUUCUCUGUGUUGGAGGAGGGACAGCCGCGAGACAAACUGGAAUGUGAGGACUAAGUAGCCUACUGUCUUUUCACCAAUGGAAUUCUGUAUGAUAGUUUGUAUUCCAUGAUGGGUUGAUUUUUUAGCUGCUUUCAAUUGACCAGUGAGGAGAGACAAGGAGUGAGUGAAAACAAAGGAUUUGUUAUUGAUUUACUCAUUUCAUGACCUGUUGUGCUUUCAGUUACUUUCAAACUUUACGACAAAGAUGGCAACGGACUCCUGGACAGCUCAGUAAGUGACUGCAACUUGACUUAAAUGUACUUUCUGUAUUAUGAAUACAUUCUACUCGCAAAUUAAAUCAAGGUGAUGUAGUGUACACUGUACAGUGUUGUAGUGAACAGUAGGAGUUGUGAAAGAGUACACGUCUCCAUAAUAAUCUGUGGUUUUACUCUCAAUAAGGAAGUGGAUCGGAUCAUCACCCAGAUGAUGCGUGCGGCAGAUUACCUGGGCUGGGACGUGACAGAACUCAGACCGGUAAGACAUCCACUUACAUACCUGUCAACUAUCCCUAUGGGAAUACUCACUGGGUCAUAUAUUUAAGCGAAACAUUUCACCUGAGGGGUAUACCACAAAGCAGCAUCAAGGAGUUGGCCGGUGAACUUGCCUAAAUAUUCUGAAAUUGCUUUUUUUAAGAUCAUCUUGAAAUGGGCAUGGUCUAAUUGACGCAACAACCAAAAACAUAUACCUUAGUUUAGCUUUCUUAAUGAAUCAGAAAAUCUACAGUUAAUUCUGGUUGUUUAUCAAAGAUGGCUGGCUAUAGCUUAUUGAUUCUGCUUUGUAGUAUACCCCUGAGGUUUCAGGGAAAGGUAAACAACAGUGUUGAUGUUGGAAUUAUUAUGCCUUUCUUUUUGAUUGUCGGGGCAAACAUUAUUUUCAUGGAAAGAAUUAGACCACAUUAAUCUAAAUAUACACUCUCUCAAAUUGUUUUGUCUCACCACAGUAAUCUAGUUAGUGGUCUUUAUUGAAUUGGGCCCAAAGCCUCCACCCAGCACCCAGUUACAGUCCUUGUGCAAGUUCCUGGUUAGAGAGUUGUAGUGAAUAGCGAUGAGAGACUAAUGUUAACAGUAUUUAGGUACAACACUGCAUGUUGCUUACACUUGACAUUCCAUCAAUUAUAAUUAUCAAAAAAGAGAUUAGAGAUUAUCAGAUAAGAGAUUGCAUACUUAAUAUUUGUCAGGUGAGAGUUUAUGUUCUGCAAGUGAAAGUCAAUUUAAUCUACAAAAUGAAAUCUGAAGUGAUGUCCAUACAUGGAAAUUAAGCUUCCAAUGAAUUAAGUUAAGUGGGUCCAACAUUUGAUAUACUGUAAUUUGGUUUGAGGGUUGAUGUUCUGGUUAUAGACUUUGGGUCUAUAGGGCUAACACCUGGCAGCAGCGCAGAGAGACUUAUAUUGUGAUUGGUCAGGAACCAGGAACAGUGGGAGUCUAACUACUCUGAUUGGUCCCUAAGGUGCUGAAGGACAUGAUGACGGCGAUGGAUGCUGACAACAGUGGAGCGGUGACCCUGCAGGAGUGGAUCCAGGGAGGGAUGAACAACGUGCCCCUGUUGGUGCUGUUGGGACUCAAGGCAAGAAGCACUAACAGCCAGACUCUGCCUCCUCUGGUUAACUCAAUCAGUAUACAUCAUUCAGCACAUGACAAUAGAGUCCUUAUGUCUAGAACAUUUGCUAUGUCCUGUAUGGUUCAACUACUGUACAUCUCGAUAAAGCUUUAUUCAAUUCCGUUUAGAUUAUACUUUUAAAUGUCACCCCAAAGUUAUGUCUUAUCCAGUUUUGUCUUAUCUUGUCCCUGUCUUAUCCAAAAUUAUAUCUAUUCAUGGCCCUCACACUUUGUUGGCAAUACUGUAUCAGAAAAGUCUGCACACAUACAAAUGGUACUUGUUUGGAUUGGCGUGCUGUUUACUUUACCAUGCUGUUAGUCUCUUCACAGAGACAAAGCCACGGUGUCUCCCUUGCAAGAGAGACUACCCUGCUGUUUACAUUAGUUGUUAACAAAGACCCUGCCCUCUUUUUCUCUUUUUUCCUCCUCUCUCUAUACUCUGCUCUCUGAUCUGUCCCUGUAUCUCGACUAUGCAUCCUAGUACAAUCAGCCUCUCUAGGUCGUCGUAGAGAUCAAGUAAUCUAUCAGGAACGGAACGAGAUGCAGACGAGGAGGAGCGAUCAGAGUCCAGAGCAGCGGAGCCGAAGGUACCGCCGAGGCAGCCCUCGUCGCUGAUCCCAACCUAGCCUGCCAUCGGCUCGAUCCGGAGACCCCCAACAUGAUGCAAACGCUUCGCCUCAACCUAGCCAACAAAACUAGAUCCCACAAACAACAGCACCAGCGACGAAACUCAAACACAGCAGAACUCACCGACUCAUACCACUAUCGCCAGCCGUCCAGAUAUCUCGUAGAGUCGCCUCAGGAUUAGACAGUACGUCAAGAUCACGUAUCUCAACUCAUCUCCUGUAAGUCGAAGCGUCAUGAGGGGCAUCGUCUCGAGAGCCUAGACUCCGACGAGACGACAGGCCGACUGCGACGCCAUGCGCAUGAGAGCGACGCGAAGAGCAGAGCGACCUCGCGAAGAGUGACCAACAGACCCCCUAGAAAAGCACAGAGAGAGAGAAGACUUUGCUCUUUUUCUUUCGUCAGACAGAGCUAUCACUCCCCUCCCGGCUCUAAAAACCCCAAGACAAAACUCGCAGAGAGAACAUAAAGGCCCCACCUCUCUCCCCCCUCUCCUCUCCCCCUCUACGCUCUCUCUAAGCCCACCCCUCUCUCUCCCCCCCUCUCUCUCUCUCCCCCCCAUCUCUCCCCCCUCUCUCUCUCUCUCUCUCAGAUGGCAGAGAGAGAUGGGCAGCACAUCUGGAGAAUGAAGCACUUCAACAAGCCUGUGUACUGCAACGUGUGUCAGAGCAUGCUGCUGGGCCUCAGGAAACAGGGCCUCUGCUGCACCUGUAAGAGCUCUAUACCGUCACUAGGGGGCGACCUCUGUCUGAUAUUCAUAGAUAGACUUACACCGGAGUUCUGAGUGUCUGAGUAGAGACUGUGGUUCUGUUGUCACUGACUGAAGUGUGGUCCUUGAGAGUUAGUGUACAUGCCUUAGGGCAUACAAGCUUUUGUCCUAGCCCAGCAACUGACACACUUGAUUCAACUAAUCAAGUUCUGUAUGAGUAGUUGAUUCCGGUGUGUUAGUGCUGGGUUGGAAUAAAAGCCUGCACAUCCUAUAGCUCUCCAGGACCAGGGUUGGUGACCACUGCUGUAGUUCUUUAUUACUCAUUGGUUCCCUGAUUGCUACCAGUAGGGCCACAAUGUUUUUCACUUUUCAUUAAAGUUGAUCAACCAUGAGUCAACUUAUAAUAAUAAUAAUAUGCCAUUUAGCAGACGCUUUUAUCCAAAGCGACUUACAGUCAUGCGUGCAUACAUUUUUGUGUAUGGGUGGUCCCGGGGAUCGAACCCACUACCUUGGCGUUACAAGCGCCGUGCUCUACCAGCUGAGCUACAGAGGACCACAACUUAUUAUUUAUACAUUAAACAAGUUCAGCUUCCCUCCCCAUGCACUCACAAUGCCCACCCUCAUUUUUCAUAAUAGACAGGUUGAGUGCAGAUAAUGUAGUAGAUGAUCUAUUAUCUUGCCUAUGGAAGAGAGUUGCACAUUGUUGAUACUACGAACAACAUGCAAAAACAAGAGAACAUUUUCAAAGAGAAAUGUUUAACAGUGGCCUUAUUCUUCUCUCCCCCUCAGUGUGUAAGUACACCGUCCAUGGUCGCUGUGCCAACAAGAACCCUGGUCCAUGCGCCUGCACCUUUGUUAAAUCCAAAAAACAGAUUGGGGUGAGGCUCAAUAGAGUUCUGUUUCACAUUUCAAUCCAGAAUCAUGAUUUUUAGACCUGAAUAACAUUACGUUUCAUAUCAUUUUGAUUCAUCUGCACACCUGAUCAUAGUCAUGUCAUUUUCAAGAGUGUGUAUUCAGUCAGCAAAAUGUAAAAUAUAAAAGCCUUCACAUCUUGCCCUGGUGGCUAUAGUGGUCAUAGGUGUUUGUGGAUGUUGUCCCUCUGUCUGUCUGCUCCAGGUUCCGGCUCACGGCUGGGUCAGUGCUGACUGUGACUCCAGUAAGUGUCACUUCUGCAACAAGAAGAUCAAGACCCUGGCAGGGAAGCAUUGCGUGUGGUGCCAACAGAUGGUAAGUGUGUGUGUGUGUGUUUACAUGCUUGGCUGUAUGUGUACACACAUUCUGCCACUAGUCUUUACAAUGAAUGUCUUGUUUUAGCGCCAUGACGACUGUGUCAACUUCGGGUCAUCAUCAUGCGACUGCGGGCCGCUAAGAGACCACAUUCUGCCACCGUGGGCCAUAUACUCAGCCUCCAAGGUCAGCCAUUAAACCCACGACAAGCCCAUGACUCCAUUCCAUAACAGUUGCAAAUGAAGUCACACUGUUUAUAGCCAUUCAGACUAUGCUUCAGCUAAAAGCAAAAAAUGCAGGCAGAUUUUUUGGUCACCCAAUAAUACUACAGUAUGUGUAUAUCCCUUGCCAUGCUCCUAACCCUCUCUGUUCCUGAAGAAGGAUGAAGAAGGAAGGAGUAGUUCCAUGGAGGACACUAGCCUGGAGGACAUCACCCCAGAUGGGCACAUUCUGCAGGUAGGGUCCUCUUACUUCCACUGACAGGGACACAGUACCAUCCACUUCACACACACACACACAGACACACACUACUGGCCCUAUCCAUUAGCAUGUGCUUUAACACAAAUGUGUGAAAGCCAGUAAUGCAUUUUCAUUUGGUAUGGAUCUGCUUCUGUCACUCUUAUCGACUGCAAUUGUAUUGCGCUGGCUGCUGCAUGGCAUGCACGCCAGUGUUUGGUGAAUUAACACGUUAAUAUUUUCUCCUCCCCGUCUCUCUCUGCAGAUUGCUCCUAUUCCAGACACCCACCCUCUCCUGGUGUUUGUGAACCCAAAGAGUGGAGGGAAGCAGGGGGAGAGGUAAGAGCAGAUUAGGACAGACAUCAUAAAACAUUUCCUAUCCUGCACUGAUAGAAUGUACUCCUGUGAGUGAAUGCCAUGUAUGUUUCAGAGUGCUGAGGAAGUUUCAGUAUCUACUGAACCCACGGCAGGUCUACAACCUCUCCAAUGGAGGCCCUGGACCAGGGUAACUACACAUGCAGUUUGAUCAGGGGUGGGAGGUGGGGACGUGUACUGUUUAUGGACUGUUAUGUUAUGACAGCAUUAUGUUUCCCUUAUGACAGAGGGUAGAUGAUUUCUUAAUCCUUUUUUAUGGGAGAUUAUAUUAAUUGGUAUUAUAGUGUGCUUUUGCGCUAUGGAUUUUGGGAAAGGUCACUAAAGGCACUUUGUGACAACUGCUGAUGUAAAAAGGGGCUUUAUAAAUACUUUUGAUUGAUUCAUGUGUAUGUGUAUCCACAUCAGACUGCACUUCUUCCGGAACCUUCAUGACUACAGAAUCCUGGUGUGUGGUGGAGAUGGCACGGUCGGCUGGAUUCUAGAUGCUAUAGGUGUGGGUUGCUUCCUGUCCCCUCAGAAGUACAUGAACAGUAGUCAAGGUCUCUGGGGUUCUCUAAAGCUGAACAAUGACUGCCUCUGUGUGUUCUCAGACAAAGCUGACCUGCCGGUGCGUCCCCCAGUGGCGGUCCUGCCACUCGGCACAGGGAACGACCUCGCUCGCUGCCUCCACUGGGGAGGAGGUAAGGGCCGUGUUUAACAUAAUGGCGUGUCCUAAAUUGCACCCUAUUCUCUAUGUAGUCCACCACUUUUGACCAGGGCCCAUAGGGAAUACCGUGCUAUUUAGAAUGCAUGGCUUUGGUUAAAAGGAAAGCACCCCAAAAUCAACGCUCGUCAUAUGUUUCUCUUGUGUAAACCCUGUGUCCAUGGAAACCCCUGUAGGUUACGAGGGCACAGAUCUCAGAGAGAUUCUGAAGGAGGUUGAGGAGAGCUUGUUGGUUCCUAUGGACCGCUGGAGUGUGCAGGUGAUUUCAGAGGACCCCCUGGAGAUAGGAGACCCUGUGCCCAACGAGAUCAUCAACAACUACUUCUCUAUUGGCGUGGUGAGUGACGACUUUUGGGUCAUGGAGCCUGCUUCGACUGAUUGGAUAUUGUACAGACUCCAACAGUCAAUCACCUGUGUGUCUCUCUUAACUGCCUUAUCCUGCCUGCCAGUUUUGGUAGUUUGUUUGCAGCAAUAAGAAGACAUGAGCACACUGGCAAGACAAAUCACAAUCACAUAGUGACAUCUGUAAGUGAUGUAGCUUGUGUUGUAGUUGAGUGAUGUAGCUAUGUGAUUGUGAUUUGUCUUGUCAUUGUGCUCUUAUUUUCUUAUUGUUACAAAUUGCCCUUUUGUGAUGAUAAAGAUUUAUUGAAUGUAUUGAAUACAUGUAAAUGCUACAAUGUGUUUGACAGGAUGCCUCCAUUGCUCACCGCUUUCACUCCAUGAGGGAGAAGCACCCUCAGAAGUUCAACAGCAGGUGAGAGUGACUGAAAGGUCAAGGAUCAAACAGAGUGCGAAGAGUGAAAAAUCUGUUAUGGCUGGGUGUGAUUUUGUUUUAUCUGUGAGCACUGACCCAAAACAAUGUGCUUUUUGUUUUAUCUGCAAGGAUGAAGAACAAACUGUGGUAUUUUGAGUUUGCCACCUCUGAGACCAUCUCUGCCUCCUGCAAGAAGCUAAAGGAGUGUCUCAGCAUUGAGGUGAACACUGAAGUCUUGAAUUCUAGUUUUUCUAGUUUGUGCUUAAAUGGAUCUUACCACAGUUUAAGUGUACAGUGCUGUGAAAAAGUAUUUCUAAUUUUCUCUACUUUUGCAUAUUUUUUGUACAGAAUGUUAUCAGAUCUUCAACCAAAACCUAAUGUUAGAUAAAGGGAACCUGAGUGAACAAAUAACACAACAACUACAUACUUAUUUCAUUUAUUUCAUGAACAAAGUUAUGCAACACCCAAUGCCCUUGUGUGGAAAAGGUAAUUGCCCUCUUACACUCAAUAACUGGUUGUGCCACUUUUAGCUUCAAUGACUCCAACCAAACUCUUUCGGUAGUUGUUGAUCAGUCUCUCACAUUGCUGUGGAGGAAUUUUGGCCCACUCUUCCAUGCAGAACUGCUUUAACUCAGCUACAUUUGUGGGUUUUCAAGCAUAAACUGCUCGUUUCAAGUCCUGCCACAACAUCUCAAUUGGGAUUAGGUCUGGACUUUGACUAGGCCAUUCCAAAACUUCAAAUGUGUUGCUUUUUAGCCAUUUUCAUUUAGACUUGAUUGUGUGUUUUGGAUCAUUGUCUUGCUGCAUGACCCAGCUGCGCUUCAGCUCACAGACGGAUGGCCUGACAUUCUCCUGUAGAAUUCUCUGAUACAGAACAGAAUUCAUGGUUCCUUCUAUUUAGGCAAGUCUUCCAGAUCCUGAGGCAGCAAAGCAUCCCCAAACCAUCACACUACCACCACCAUGAUUGACCGUUGGUAUGAGGUUCUUUACUGUGGAAUGCAGUGUUUGGUUUUCGCCAGGCAUAAUGGGACCCAUGUCCAGUGGCGAUUUUAGCAUGCAAAUCUUGGUGGGGGCAAACUCAACAUAUAUAUAUUUUUAAUGCAUGCCAGCAAAGCCACUACACAAAACAAAAAACAAUAAAUUAAUUACACUAUAACGGUGACAAACGGUGCCCACAAACUGUUAGGGCCUACAUAAAGCUGUCCCAACAGCAGAGCUUUCUUUUCAGCACCAUGUAGUGAAUCCUUACCACCUAUACACCUGGCUAUCAGCAGAGCCAUGUCUUGCAGCGAAACAGUUAAUUCCGCCUCAUUUACUGCCUUUUUAAAAAACAUAGCUGAUAUGGCUGACUUGCUUAAACAAAUGUGGUUUUUACUGACAAUUGAGAUGUACAAACUAUGGCAUAAGGGAACAAUGAGCGGAUAAGAGGCAAUCUGUAAUUUGGAUUAAGACAAUGAGCGAGCUAAGACGGACGUAGUCAAUAUAACUAUUUGUUCAGCACUUCUGAAAUGUACAGCGACAGAAUUCAGAACAUGGGCCAUUCUUACAGUAUUCUCCCUGUACACCAAGUCAGAACCGUAGGAUAAAUAAAGGGGGCAUAUAAGCAGACAAUGAAAACGCUUACAAUAUUCGAUGAUGACAUUUUUCUUAAACACGCUAUAGGCUACAAGUCAGAACAGUAGGCUAAGUUAUGAGGGGGAAAGGGACCAAAUUAUUAGGGUGAGGCACAUGAGCUACUAACAGCUUACUACACAACAUACACUUAGUAUUACUUUCUUAGCUAAAGUAUACAUAUCUCCCUAGCAUAUUACAUCAUAUAUGCAGCAGCAUACAAUACAUUUUUGGACUCAAAUUGUUGUGCUGUGCUCACUUGAACAGAAAGGUGGCGUGGCAGUCCUUCUUGUGGUCAAAUUUUGUCAUAAAACGUUGUCAUCAAAGUCUGGCAUUCUCUGGAUUUAUGGUGCUUUCAAGACAACUGGGAACUCCAAAAAAAAAAAAAGGUUGAAUCAUGACAUCAGUGAUCUUCAGGUAGGAGCUCUAGAAAGAUGCCUGAGUUCCCGACUUGGAAUUCCGAGUUGGAUGACCGUUCAAAACGUAUUUUACCAGUCGGAGCUCGUUUUUUUCAGAGUUCCCAGUUGUCUUGAACUCACUGAAGUCUGAGACUUCCCAGUUCCGAGUUUCCAGUUGUUUUGAGUGGGGCAGAAGUCAUGCUGGAUUGACAGCAUGGCCAAUGUUGAAUGUUUAUCUUUUUAAGCUUGGAAAAGAGACCCUUAAACCCAGACUUGGACCACACACCCACUCCACUGAAUAGCCGGCUAGUGAUUGCUUUGCAAUGCUUGCAGUUAGCCACUGAUUCCUUCCAAACCACUCAUUGUUGAAUUUGCGAUUACCAACUUGUUGUGUAAUGUUUAUGUCCAAUGGCCGAUGAGCACCGAUACAUUUUAUCUAUAAUUUCUCUUCAUUAUUUACCUUCAUAAGACAAGGAUUGGCCAGUAAAUUGUCGAAUUGAUUCAUGAUGAUGACUGCUAGCUUGCUAGCAAAGAUUUUGAAAGUAUGACGUUGAUAUGAUCAAUCCAAUCAAAGUUAUUUCAGAGUUUCCAGUUGUUUUGAAUGCGGUAGAAUGACUGGUCGCCACUGCCCAUGUCAGCCAAAAAGUUUAUACUUUUGACUCAUAGAACAUUCUUCCAAGAGUCUUGAUGCUCUUCCAGGUGCUUUUUGGCAAACUUGAGUCAACUUUUUGGAUGAGACGGGUCCCAUUAUGUCUGGCGAAAACCAAACACUGCAUUCCACAGUAAGAUCCUCAUACCAACGGUCAAGUAUGGUAGUGGUAGUGUGAUGGUUUGGGGACCUGGACGACUUGCCUAAAUAGAAGGAACCAUGAAUUCUGCUCUGUAUCAGAAAAUGUCAGGCCAUCCGUCUGUGAGCUGAAGCGCAGCUGAAUCAUACAGCAAGACAAUGAUCCAAAACACACAAUCAAGUCUACAUGAAAAUGGCUAAAAAGCAACACAUUUGAAGUUUUGGAAUGGCCUAGUCAAAGUCCAGACCUAAUCCCAAUUGAGAUGUUGUGGCAGGACCUGAAAUGAGCAGUUCAUGCUUGAAAACCCACAAAUGUCGCUGAGUUAAAGCAGUUCUGCAUGCAAGAGUGGGCCAAAAUUCUUCCACAGCGACGUGGGAGACUGAUCAACAACUACAGGAAGCAUUUGGUUGCAGUCAUUGCAGCUAAAGGUGGCACAACCAGUUAUUGAGUGUAAGGGGGAAUUUACUUUUUCACACAGGGGAAUUGAGUGUUGCAUAACUUUGUUAAUUAAAUCAAUAAAAUAAGUAUCCAUUUUUGUAGUUAUGUGAAUAUGGAGAAAAUCAGAAAGGGGGCAAAAACUUUUUCACGGCACUGUAGAUAGUCUUAGCAAUAAUUAAUUUAGUCUCUUUACCCGUUUGUGUCCGUAUCUGUCUGUCCAUCUAUCUCUCAGUGCUGUGGGACACCCCUGGACCUGAGCGGUCACUCUCUGGAGGGCCUUGCAGUCAUCAACAUACCCAGCAUGCACGGUGGCUCCAACCUGUGGGGUGAGGCUAAGAAGGCAGAUAGAGACAAUGUGUCAGAAGAGGAACCGCCUGAGGUCGUCACUGACCACGACAUUCUGAAAAUGAGCUCACAAGGUACUGUAGGGCAUGCUUAUCUCACAUACACUGUUGGAGGUUUAUUUUGUUGCCUAGUGAUAGGAAUGUUUACUGUAACAUUGUAUGUAAUAUUGUCACUUUUCCCCUUACACAGACCAUAUGGUCUUAUUUUUUGAAGUGGCAGGUAAGGUAGCCUAGUGGUUAGAGCGUUGGGCCAUUAACCAAAAGGUCGCAAGUUCGAAUACUUGACAAGGUGAAAAAUCUGUUGAUGUGCCCUUGAGCAAGGCACUUAACCCUAUUUGCUCCAGGGUCGCCGUUGAUAAUGGCAGACCCUUGCCGUGACCCCACUCUCCACAUAAGUACAGUGGCUUGCGAAAGUAUUCACCCCCCUUGGCAUUUUUCCUAUUUUGUUGCCUUACAACCUGGAAUUCAAAUGGAUUUUGGGGGGUGUUGUAUCAUUUGAUUUACACAACAUGCCUACCACUUUGAAGAUGCAAAAUAUUUUUUCUUGUGAAACAAACAAGAAAUAAGACAAAAAAACAGAACUUGAGCCGUGCAUAACUAUUCACCCCCCCAAAGUCAAUACUUUGUAGAGCCACCUUUUGCAGCAAUUACAGCUGCAAAUCUCUUGGGGUAUGUCUCUAUAAGCUUGGCACAUCUAGCCACUGGGAUUUUUGCCCAUUCUUCAAGACAAAACUGCUGCAGCUCCUUCAAGUUGGAUGGGUUCCGCUGGUGUACAGCAAUCUUUAAGUCAUACCACAGAUUCUCAAUUGGAUUGAGGUCUGGGCUUUGACUAGGCCAUUCCAAGACAUUUAAAUGUUUCCCCUUAAACCACUCGAGUGUUGCUUUAGCAGUAUGCUUAGGGUCAUUGUCCUGCUGGAAGGUAAACCGCCGUCCCAGUCUCAAAUCUCUGGUAGACUGAAACAGGUUUCCCUCAAGAAUUUCCCUGUAUUUAGCGCCAUCCAUCAUUCCUUCAAUUCUGACCAGUUUCCCAGUCCCUGCUGAUGGAAAAACAUCCCCACAGCAUGAUUCUGCCAUCACGGGAUGGUGUUCUUGGGGUGAUGAGAGGUGUUGGGUUUGCACCAGACAUAGCGUUUUCCUUGAUGGCCAAAAAGCUCAAUUUUAGUCUAAUCUGACCAGAGUACCUUCUUCCAUAUGUUUGGGGAGUCUCCCACAUGCCUUUUGGCAAACACAAAACAUGUUUGCUUAUUUUUUUCUUUAAGCAAUGGCUUUUUCUGGCCACUCUUCCGUAAAGCCCAGCUCUGUGUAGUGUACGGCUUAAAGUGGUCCUAUGGACAGAUACUCCAAUAUCCGCUGUGGAGCUUUGCAGCUCCUUCAGGGUUAUCUUUGGUCUAUUUGUUGCCUCUCUGAUUAAGGCCCUCCUUGCCUGGUCCGUGAGUUUUGGUGGGCGGCCCUCUCUUGGCAGGUUUGUUGUGGUGCCAUAUUCUUUCCAUUUUUUAAUAAUGGAUUAAACAGUGCUCCGUGGGAUGUUCAAAGUUUCUGAUAUUUUUUUAUAACCCAACCCUGAUCUGUACUUCUCCACAACUUUGUCCCUGACCUGUUUGGAGAGCUCCUUGGUCUUCAUGGUGCAGCUUGCUUGGUGGUGCCCCUUGCUUAGUGGUGUUGCAGACUCUGGGGCCUUUCAGAACAGGUGUAUGUAUACUGAGAUCAUGUGACAGAUUAUGUGACACUUAGAUUGCACACAUUUAACUAAUUAUGUGACUUCUGAAGGUAAUUGGUUGCACCAGAUCUUAUUUAGGGGCUUCAUAGCAAAGGGGGUGAAUACAUAUGCACGCACCACUUUUCCGUUAUUUAUUUUUUAGAAUGUUUUGAAACAAGUUAUUUUUUUCAUUUCACUUCACCAAUUUGGACUAUUUUGUGUAUGUCCAUUACAUGAAAUCCAAAUAAAAAUCAAUUUAAAUUACAGGUUGUAAUGCAACAAAAUAGGAAAAACGCCAAUGGGGAUGAAUACUUUUGCAAGGCACUGUAUUAAUACACACUUGUACAUGCAAGAAAUAGGACCAAUAUAAGUACCCAACCCACCAAAUUAUUAUGAUAUAAUUUGUAUUAGUUAAGUCACUAUGUAUGAGAAUGAAUGUCUGCUUAAUGAGCUUAUGACAAUAUGUUUUCAUGUGUUCUUUUCCCCCCACAGACCUAAGUGACAAGCGGAUCGAGGUGUUGGGGUUGGAGGGGGCGAUUGAGAUGGGUCAGAUCUAUUCUGGGCUGAAGAGGGCUGGACACAGACUGGCUCAAACAUCACAUAUCACUAUCAGGUAGACUUAAUGCAGGCUCUAUACACAAUUCUUCAGGUUUUAUGCCUUUUUACCUUUUGGUAAUAAAACGUAUCUCUCUUAUUGCCUUUCUCAUUUCUCAGGACACAUAAAGCCUUGCCUAUGCAGAUUGAUGGUGAGCCCUGGAUGCAGCCUCCCUGCACUGUAAGUGUUGUUAAUAUACCGUUUAAGUGAAUUUGGCGUUGGGAUCUCUAUGACCAAUUGAAUUAGAAAGAGUGUGACAACUGGAGGAACAUUUAUUCUCAAAUAAACAUUGUUGAUGUCCUUAUGAUGGCUUUUUAGUUUUAGCAGUGGGCCAAGUCUCUUGACUCAUUUUGUUUCAGAAAUACAAUGUGAUGUACUGGAGAUCAGCAUUUCCCAAACCUUACCACACCGGACACAUUUUUGUUAUAGCCCUACACUGACACACCAGACACAACUAAUCAAGGGCUUGGUGAUUCAUUAAUUCUUGAAAGACAGGACAAUCUCAAAUAUUCACAAAUUUGUCUUAAUAUUAACACAAAUUUGAAAUAUAUAUUUUGAUAGACCAAUGUAUCACCUAUCACACCAUGUAAAGCAACAACCUAAUUCUAAAAAUGUUCCAUAAAAUGCAACUAAAUGGAUUUAUGUCAACUCCAUCUCACGCCAUAAAAGGCUUUUAAUUUUUACAUUGUCCAACAAGUGUUUGAAGGCCUUGAUUUGUUUAAUUCUAACAUUAGAUUAUUCAAAUAUGUAAUACAAAUCUCCAAACUUAAGUUUUGUUUUGUUUAAUAGCACUAUAUAAUGCUCCAGGGCUAAUUUAGUUAGCAUUUCGGCAUGUUUUUUUAGAUUUUUUAGAUAGAACAUAAAACAACAUUUUAUAAAGCAAACAUUAUCCCUUAGGUGUAGCACAGCAAAUACUUCAAUAGUUUAAGCAUAUGUUGCAGAACAGUGAUUCAAAUAUUUUUUCUGAAUAUUGACCAAAAAAACGAGCUUAAUGAGAUUAGUUAAUCAGUGACUGAAUUGACAAGCCACUGAUGGAGUUGACAACAAAUACUCAAGAGUAUUUUUGCCUCAAAAAAUCAAAGUUCAAUACACCCAUUUGUAAACCCGGAGUUUAUGUUUUACGGAGACAAAAAUAGCAUUUUUCUUCUUCAUUCAAGUGGUAUACAAAGUAGCAAUUAAAAUAAACAUAUUUGAACCAAAAUGUAUAUCCUAUCAGGGAGAUGGAGUUGACAAUUUAUGGUUGUGACCAUGCUGAUUUCAAUAUUGCUUGUUUUACAUUUAUUAAAAGUAGAGAACUUUACAGACCAUGAGUGGUCUUGUUGCAAUACAUGUAAUGAGGACAUGAAGAAAAGGUCCUUAUUGUGUAGCUGACCCUGCUCAUUCCUGAUUAAUUUAGGGUUUUAGACAAAUCUGACAGAGUUGACCAAUUUGUUUUUUGACCAAACUUUUUUAGUAAUCACCGUUUUGAGAGAAAUAUUAUUUAAAAGUUACAGAGGGCUAUUGCAAGACACUACAUAAUAUCAUUUUUCAGUUAAUAUUCAUUAUUGCCAGUUUUUAGAAUUUUUAACACUUUAUGAGAGUUUGAAAUUGGGAUUCUUUGCUCCGGACAAGGGCAUUUCCGGGCACAGAGCGGACAUGGAAAUUAAUAAUAUUGCAAAUAUUAGAACAAUUCAAAAAACAAAUAUUUUUCUUAUAAAAUUCCCCUAAAUGUAAUUUGUAAGCUAAAAUAAUCCUACAAAAUCUUUUUAUUUAUUUUUACUAUUAUUACUAAAUGUUUCCCUGCCGGAUAAGGAUUGUCCCGACUUUCAAUAAUAGCUGAAUUACUUGAAUCAGGUGCGUCUGUGCAGGGAUAGGACAAUAAUGUUUGCCUACCACCAGAGGGUUUGGAGAUAAGGGAAACACUUGUAGACUCUGAUGACUUUGUAAAACCUCUGAAUUGUCCACCCUGUGUUUAGAUCCACAUCACACACAAGAACCAAGCCAACAUGCUGAUGGCUGCUCCUGCCAAACCAUCAGGCUUCUUCCACCUCAAGUAGAGGAAAGGUGGGCUGCAACACUGAGACUGAAGUGGUCCGGGUGUAGGGUGAAGUUGCCCUUUGACACUGAUCUUGGAUCAGUUUUCCAUUUUCCCCACUAAAGGUUAAGGUUUGGAUUGGGUGAGUGGAUGCUUAUCCUAGAUCUGUACCUAGGGGAAACUUCACCCAGCAGCAGACUCUGCUGAAGGACCAUUGCCAUAAAGGAACCGACAUUUGAGUAAAAACAUUCUGAAUCAUGUUCAUGUCUGAAUUGCUUCCUGAAACACUAGUAGCCAUUGAUUAACAUUGAUAUUCAACUAAUUUCCGUAACAAUAAACUCAGAACUAUCCCAGGCGUGUGUUGAUUUGAGUAGGUCCCUUAAUGUUAAGCUUUAUAUUACAUUGCUAUUACAUUUUGUAUCUGUUUGUAUUAGUUAUGUAUAAUUCCAUAGUAUUCCAUUAGUUUGAUUACUUUUAUGCCUUAUUGUUUUGUCUCAGUACAGUAAUAGAGCUCCUGUUUGUUUACCAUCUUUCUAUAGCAUUUUCACAUCAAAUGUUUUUGUAUCCAUAUUGAUUAACGUGAUAGGCCAAUAGUCUGUGUCGCUAAAUAAUGCCGUUCACUGUCAAAUCUAAGUAUGUUUGACCUACUCAGCAAGUUUCCUGUAGAGGAUACAGCUUAGACAGCUGAGGGUAUCGUUCGCAUUGCCCGACCUUCAAAAGCUCACUUAAAGGCCCAGUGCAGUCAAAAAUUAGAUGUGUCUGUGUUUUACAUAUAUUCCCACACUAUGAGGUUGAAAUAAUACUGCAAAAUUGUGAAAAUUAUGAUAAUGCCCUUUUAGUGUAAGAGCUGUUCAAAAAGACAGACUGAAAUUUCAGGCAGUUUUGGUGGGAUGGAGUGUUGGCCUGCCUGGUGACAUCAGGUACAUUAGACCAAUAAGAAACAGUUCCAAACCUCUGCCCCUCCCCACUCAGACCACUCCCAGACAGGCUUAGCUAAAUUCUUGCUUGAGAAAUUGCUCUUGCUAAGAAGCUAUUUUUGUUUCUUUUUGACCAUUUUGACUGAAAACAAUCUCAGUAAGGUACUUAAUUGUUACCCAGAAAUGAUUUGGUAUCGAGAUAAAAACAGCUGCAUUGGGCCUUUAACACUGUCACAAGCAGGCCUUCCUCUUUAUCACUGACCUAAUCUCUCUCUGCUUAGUGAGGCUGCUUCCAAACCACAACUACUGAGAUGCUGUCCUCAAGAAAAAGAGACAUGGCUUUUCUCUUUACAAAAAUAAAUGUAUAGCCUACAGUAUGUGUAUUCAUGUAUCUACCAUGGUAAGAGAUCUUUAAAAAAGUCCUUAAAAAACAGACAGCAAUUUUUAUCUCUGCCUUUCUCAAGGUCAGUUAUCAGAGGGAUAUCGCUGUACGUGACAGAAUGUACUUUUAUAAAGGGUGUCUAUGGCGGUUGGGCAGCUGUCAAUAGCGGUGCUGUGUCAUACUUAAUGGGUUUGUGUUUGUUGGCCAUGGGUGUUAAUGGCCGUGGGGCUCCCAACAGAGCUCAGAGACAGGUCCCCGGUUGGUUUUACUAUGGGAGUCUUUCCAGAGAGUCAGCAUGGAUGAAUGGAGGGCAGGGCCCGCUAUUCCCGGUCCUGGAGGGCUAGGGUGAGUCCCAAAUGGCACCCUAUUCCAUAUGGGCCCUGGCCAAAAGUAUGGUACCAUUUGGGACGAACCCCUGGUCUUCAGCAGUUUCCCUUAAAAUGACGGCAACACUAGAACUAAACUGAACAAAAAUAUAAACGCAACAUGUAAAGUGUUGGUCCCAUGUUUCAUGAGCUGAAAUAAAAGAUCAGACAUUUUCCAUACACACAACGCUUAUUUCUCUCAAAUUUGGUGCACACAUUUGUUUACAUCCCUGUUAGUGAGCAUUUUUCCUUUGCCAAGAUAAUCCAUCCACCUGACAGGUGUGGCAUAUCAAGAAGCUGAUGAUCAUUGCACAGGUGCACCUUGUGCUGGGGACAAUAAAAGGUCCACUCUAAAUUGUGCAGUUUUGUCACACAACACAAUGCCAUAGAUGUCUCAAGUUUUGAGGGAGCGUGCUAUUGGCAUGCUGACUGCAGGAAUGUCCACCAGAGCUGCUGCCAGAGAUUUGAAAUGUCAAUUGCUCUACCAUAAGCCACUUCCAACGUCAUUUUUGAGAAUUUGGCAGUACGUCCAAACCGCCCUCACAACCGCAGACCACAUGUAACCAUGACAGCCCAGGACCUCCACAUCAGGCUUCUUCACCUGUGGGAUCGUCUGAGACCAGCCACCCAGACAGCUGAUGAAACUGUAGGUUUGCAAAACCGAAGAAUUUCUGCACAAACUGUCAGAAACCGUCUCAGGGAAGCUCAUCUGCGUGCUCGUCGUCCUCACCAGGGUCAUUCCACAGGCCACAAUCGACAGCCUGAUCAACUAUGUGAAGGAGGCACAUGGUGCAAACCAGAACAUUUUUACUUUGCUUCAGAAACAUACAGUGCAUUCGGAAAGUAUUCAAACCCCUUGACUUUUUCCACAUUUUGUUACAUUACAGCCUUAUUCUAAAAUUGAUUGAAUAAAACAAUUUCCUCAUCAAUCUACACACAAUAUCCCAUAAUGACAAAGCAAAAACUGUUUCUUUGACAUUUUUGCAAAUGCUAUAAAAAAUAUUAAACAGAUACCUUAUUUACAGAAGUUCAGACCCUUUGCUAUGAGACUCGAAAUUGAGCUCAGGUGCAUUCUGUUUCCAUUGAUCAUCCUUGAGAUGUUUCAACAACUUGUAUGGAGUCCACCUGGGGUAAAUUCAAUUAAUUGGACAUGAUUUGGAAAGGCACACACCUGUCUAUAAGGUCCCACAGUUGACAGUGCAUGUCAGAGCAAACACCAAGCCAUGAGGUCGAAGGAAUUGUCUGUAGAGCUCCGAGACAGUAAUGUGUCGAGGCACAGAUCUGGGGAAGGGUACCAAAAAAUUUCUGCAGCAUUGAAGGUCUCCAAAAACACAGUGGCCUCCAUCAUUCUUAAAUGGAAGAAGUUUGGAACCACCAAGACUCUUCCUAGAGCUGGCCGCCUGGCCAAACUGCACAAUCAGGGGAGAAGGGCCUUGGUUAGGGAGGUGACCAAGAACCCAAUGGGCACUCUGACAGAGCCCCAGAGUUACUCUGUGGAAAUGGGAGAACCUUCCAGAAGGACAACCAUCUCUGCAGCACUCCACCAAUCAGGCCUUUAUGGUAGAGUGGCCAGACGGAAGCCACUCCUCAGUAAAAGGCACAUGACAGCCCACUUGGAAUUUGCCAAAAGGCACCUAAAGGACUCUGACCAUAAGAAACAAGAUUCUCUGGUCUGAUGAAACCAAAAUGGAACUCUUUGGCCUGAAUGCCAAGCAUCACGUCUGGAGGAAACCUGGCACCAUCCCUACGGUGAAGCAUGGUGGUGGCAGCAUCAUCCUGUGGGGAUGUUUUUCAGCUGCAGGGACUGGGAGACUAGUCAGGAUCGAGGGAAAGAUGAACAGAGCAAAGUACAGAGAGAUCCUUGAUGAAAACCUGCUCCAGAACACUCAGACCUCAGACUGGGGGCGAAGGUUCACCUUCCAACAGGACAAUGACCCUAAGCACACAGCCAAGACAAUGCAGGAUUGGCUUCGGGACAAGUCUCUGAAUGUCCUGGAGUGGCCCAGCCAGAGCCCGGACUUGAACCCGAUCUAACAUCUCUGGAGAGACCUGAAAAUAGCUGUGCAGUGACGUUCCCCAUCCAACCUGACAGAGCUUGAGAGGAUCUGCAGAGAAGAAUGGGAGAAACUCCCCAAAUACAGGUGUGCCAAGCUUGUAGCGUCAUACCCAAGACGACUCGAUGCUGUAAUCGCUGCCAAAGGUGCUUCAACAAAGUACUGAGUAAAGGGUCUGAAUACUUAUGUAAACGUGAUAUUUCCGGUUUUUUUUCUUCUAUAAACUUGUUUUUGCUUUGUCAUUAUGGGCUAUUGUGUGUAGAUUGAUGAGGGGAAAAAUGAUUUAAUCCAUUUUAGAAUAAGGCUGUAACGUAACAAAAUGUGGAAAAAGUCAAGGGGUCUGAAUACUUUCCAAAUGCACUGUAUAUUUGAAAGAUUUUCAUGCUUGUGCAUUUUAUCUGUGCAAUGUGGUGACGCAAAUGGUGGUCACAUCAGAUUGGUGAUCGGAUCCAAGCCACUAUCUUUUUUAAAAGGUAUCUGUGACCAGCAGAUGCAUUUCUGUAUUCCCAGUCAUGUGAAAUAGAUUAGGGACUAAUGAAUUUAUUUCAAUUGGCUGAUUUCCUUAUAUGAACUGUAACUCAGUAAAGUCUUUGAAAUUGUUGCGUUUAUAUUUUUGUUCAGUGUAGCUAGGAGAUGUGUUCCAAAGUAGCGCUGCGUGUGAAUGGACAAAAUAGGCCGAAAUAUAACAGUUCUAUUACCCAUGUCACCUAAAAUAGCCUCGCCAAUUGGAGAUUUGUGUCUUUGCAUUGCACUAUUUAGUAACAACACUGUUUAGUCUUAAUGAGCAAAUGAGUGUUAAUUGAGUCAUUAAGGAGGGAUGCCGUAACGAGAACCCUUAGGACUGGUCUGAUACCCUGACGUAGCCUGGGCCGUUAAUCUAGAAAUACACAGUCCACCCUUCUAAAGGUCAUAUGAAACUGGGAUGAUCUCCAUACGUAGCGUAUGUGUGUCUACAUGUGUACCGUAGAGUACAUUUACAUUUACAUUUUAGUCAUUUAGCAGACGCUCUUAUCCAGAGCGACUUCCAAUUAGUGAGUGCAUACAUUUUUCAUAAUGGCCCCCCGUGGGAGUACAUAGUAUACUCUACCAAAAAGAGAAGUAUGUGACGAGUAACGUGAUCUGAAUCAAUGUGCUCCGCUCACUUGGGGCCCCUUGACUCCUCAAACUCUCACUGAAUUUUUACAAUCGUACUGACGGAACAUUUUUUGUGUUGGGAAUUUGGGAUUAUCAGGUUGUGUAAUUUUGGGAAUAAAUAUUUCUAGGACAACUUGUGAAAUUCUCUCUUGGUCCAUGGCUUGCUACAGGCUUCACUUCAAAAGUCAUGGUUUGAAGUGCUCAUCCUUCAAAGACGAGACAAAUACUGCAGAACAUGUCAAGUUCUAG